AUGUCAAUAAGUUUCCUGCCAGGCCGCCCAAAUGACACACAACAAUCAACAUGCCAGGCACUGUGGCAGGAACAAAUUAUAUUUGCCUACUGUUCUGGAAAUAAUGUUAUCGUGUUCUCCAACGAGUACACAAGAUUACAGACAAUAUAUCUAGAAAGGGACAGUUACGCUGUAGACAUCAAUCCAGAUAAUGGGUUUAUUGCUAUAGCAUCCAGUGAUUAUAUUUACAUCUAUAAACCUAUUCAUGAAAUAAUGAAAAGACCCAGUUGGGAAUUUUGCUGCAAAAUAUUCCACGAUGAGUCCAGAGUAAAUACUUUAAACUGGGGAGCCUCCAAUGAAAUUGUUGUUGGAUCAGAUUACCUAUCAUUUUGGAAAAUUACUAGCGAAUUUGGUCAAUAUAAGCCAAUUCUCUUGUGGAAUAAGAAGCAAUCCAAGCCAGUAUAUCUCUGUAAGAUAUCCAGAGAUUCACAAUUAAUCGCCAGUUUUGGAAAAUACGAUCAUACUGUGAAGUUAUGGAAAAGAAUCUCAAUUAGUGGAGAGCAAGAUAUUUUUAACUUGACAUUGCUUCCUCAUCCGGCUCCUGUAACUACUAUUAGAUGGAAAAAAAAUAGCCCUAAUGAGCAAACAGAAGUCUUUGGAACAUCGCAGGUGAUUUAUUCUUUUUGCGAAGACAAAAGGCUGAGAAUCUGGACAUGCUACGAGUUGAACAGUGUAGGAACUGUCCAACAUUGGGGGUCUUUACUACUGGAAAAAGGUCAAGAGUACUGUCUCAUCAUAGAUAGUUGGAUUUUAAGAGACACAAUGACAGAAACACGCGGGACUGCUCCAGACGUUAUUAUUUUAGGUUCACCAAAUGGUAGACUAGACGUACAGCUUUUGACUGGCUUGUCCGAUAAUCCUCCGAGACCGAUUAAAAGAAAGGAGCUAUCGGGUAAACACAUAGCUGCUCCAGCUUUCGUGAAAAAACCCGAAUAUUUAUACUUUGGUGAAGUACAACCAUGUGAUAAGAGCGGAAAAACCAUUUCGGUUAUUGUCCACGAUUUGAGAGGUGUUAUACGGCAAUCAAGAAUUAAGUUAGAUAGUUUACUGGGUCAGGGAAAGUCAGAAAUAGGAUUCCUCGAAAAUAAGUUUACAGGACAUAAUAAGUCCAUCCGAAAGUUAAUUAGAAGCAGUGACGGAGAAGCUUUGCUGACAGUUUCGAGAUUCUCGGAAAAUUGCUUAUGGUGUCCGAAAUUUGAAGGGAAAGUUUCUCUACAUAUGAGAAAUAUCAUACAGACAGAGGUACCAAUAGAACUGGCUGUGGUCCAUGAGAAAGGAGAUUUGGUCAUAUGUCUAUUGAAAAAUCGAAAAAUUCAAGCUUGGCAUUGCCCUAAAGAGGACUGCUGUGCAAAAAAAUCAUUCCUCAAAGCCGAGCAUCAAUUAUCAGAGGCUCCCAACUUGGGGAAACCCAUAUUAAUGCUCAAUACUCCUGAGCCCAACCAUAGUCACGAAAGGCAUUUUAUUGCCUUAAUAUACGAAAACGGAGACGUUAGAGCCUUUGAAGUAUCAUUCUCAAGAGGGAUUGUGGAAGUUCAUUCAGAGUCACUUGAGUUGUCCAAAGACCAAUUGUGUCAUUUUUCUGUGAUCGACCCUGUUCAUGGCAGCUUUUAUGCAAACCGGCCAUUAAUAUCCGUUAUAUCACAAAAAGGUGUAGCAUCCUUUUACAAGGCCAUUGUUGAUUUUGAAAACACAAACAUCAGAUGGCUUAAGCAAUACGAACUAAAUACAGGCUUGCUUGAUAUUCGAAAAGCUCGAGGCUCUUCAACUGGUAAGCUGUGUACCGUGACUUCUACGGGAAAGGAAAUGGCCUUAUGGGACAUGAAGCGUGGAGUUUUGGAGUAUGAGGAGUCAUUUGACGAUAUUAUUCAAGACAUUGACUGGACUAGCACAACUUUUGAACAAGCAAUAGUUUCUAUUGGCUUCAAAGGUUAUGUUCUCCUAUAUACGCAAUUAAGGUAUGAUUACACAAAUAAUAGCCCCAGCUACCUACCAGUUGAGAAAAUAGACAUACGAUCUCACACAGAUCAUGAGAUUGGUGAUUCUAUCUGGCUCAAGAAUGGAACCUUUGUUGUGGCCUCAGGAAAUCAGUUUUAUAUCAAAGACAAAUAUUUGGAUUUGAAUGAUAAUUUUACCUCACGUUCCAUUGGAUCCAGAAAAAUCCUUUCGAAUGAUUUGCUCCACUUAUGCAGUGUUUUAAACGGCCCGUUACCUGUUUUUCACCCCCAAUUCUUAAUUCAGGCCCUCUAUGUCGGAAAAUUUGAGUUAGUCAAGGAGCUUCUUAUGCGACUUUUCGUUGAGCUUAGAAAUUUCAAUUUUAGAUCUGAAGAUUUAAUGAAGCUAGACUCAAAUCUAGGCAUCGAAUUGCAGAAAAUUUUCAUCCACAACCAAAAGAAUUACCCUAAGCAGCAAUUUCCUGACCCUUAUCCAGAGUAUAAUACCACAGUUUCGUCGCUGCUUGUCGAGCAGCUCACCAAGGUAUCCUUACCAUAUUUAACCCGUCAUCAACAAGUAACAUUAAUCACCGCAAUUGAAGCUGUUGAUGAAAUAAUGAAAAACGAGGCCAUUGUGGAUUACAACGGGAUCAGGUUUCUCCUAGGUGCCAAACUGUUUCUAUCUCAUAGGAAUAUUCAAAAGAGUCUCCUUAUGAGAGACGUAACGUGGGCUUUACAUUCUGAUAAUAAAGAGCUGAUCUUAUCAAUUUUUGACUCGCAUAUUAUAUCUUGGCAAAAGGCCAGGGAGUACAAGAUUUCCUUUUGGGCAAAAGACACUGAUUUGAUAAAAAAAUUCGAACAAAUUGCCAAAUAUGAAUUUUCAAGAGAUGAAUCGAGAGACCCUAAUAGAUGCGCGAUCUUUUAUUUAGCGCUAAAGAAGAAACACAUAUUGAUUGGACUAUGGAGAAUGAGUACUGGCCACCCCGAGAAGCAGAAAUUGUUGACAUUUCUAAGCCAUGACUUUUCUGAAAAACGUUGGAAAAGUGCUGCAUUGAAGAAUGCCUUUGUACUUUUAAGCAAGCAUCGCUUUAUGGAGGCGGCCUGCUUUUUUUUGUUGGCAAGUUCGUUGAACGACUGUGCCAACGUUCUCAUGAAACAAAUCGGUGAUCUUGAUCUGGCUAUAGCCGUUUGUAGGGUGUAUGAAGGGGACAAUGGUCCAGUAUUGGGGAAAAUACUUCUAACUAAUGUAUUACCCGACGCCAUACUGAAUAAUGAUCGCUGGAUGACGAGCUUCAUUUACUGGAAACUUAGAAAGCAGAGCGUUUCAAUCAAGGCACUGAUAACUCCUCCAAUUGAUUUGGAAGACAAUGCAACCCUUGUACGUAAAGAGAGUUGCGUUAACAGGUCUUUUUUGGUAGAGGACCCUGCUUUGUUAGUUCUUUACAAUCAUCUCAGAAAAAGAAACCUCAAGUACUUUUUAGGUUCAUUAGAAAUCGAAAACAGCAUUGAAUAUAAUGUCGUAUCAAAGGUAACUGACAUAUUUCAGCGAAUGGGUUGUGACUAUCUGGCCUUGUCAUUGACAAGGAAUUGGGAAUUCAUCGAUGAAAAAGAUUCUUUUAGAAGAAAACUACUAGAAUCUCCGAAAAAAGAUGAAAUCAUUUCUGGAAUCAAUUCGAUGGAUACUGAACCAACCAUGACUAACAAAGUGAGGCCUAGUUUAUUUGAUAGAUUUUCCGAGGAAUAUGAAACAAAGAAAGCAUCUGCCAUCACACAACACAACAAAAAUACUACGACACCAAAAAAAAACCUACUAGAUGAUUUCAUGACCCCUCAAGAGUCAGCGAAACCUAUCAGUUUGUUAGAUGGAUUUACGUCCCAAGAGGCCGUGCCAACCGUUGCCAAAAACUUGUUAGAUGACUUUAUCUCAACACCUCCAGCUUCUUCCAGAGUGUCGACAUCUUCCGAGAAUCAGACCAAUGGAAAAAAUGAGUACGGCAAGAAGUUGCAAGGAGAUUCCUUCACAGGCUCAUCAGUUGAAGAAAAAGUUAUCAAUAAGACCAAUGGAGCACCACGAAAUAUAUUGGAUGAAUUCAUGUAA